GUGGUUUUCCGAUUCCUAUCAUAGUCCGCUCGAUCGCGGUAGCGAGUGUAGGAAAUGGCGUCGCUCUGUAGGUCCGCCGCCGUCUCCGUCUCCGCCGUCGCGAGGUCAGCCGCCGUCCGCUCCAAAAUCCUACUCCCCAAGCCCGCGCCUUCCAGGAGAACUGCCUCGCUCCUUCGGAGGUCGGUCGCGCCGGCGCUGGGAAGCGUGGAGUCUCUGAUGCCUCUCCACAGCGCCAUCGCCUCCGCCCGGCUCAGGUCGUUCAUAGCCGUAGAUUUCUCCUGCUGGAGCUGGCUCUCUCAGGGUUUAAACAAGCGCAUCUGAUCAUGGCUAUGAAGAAGUGCAACGGAGAAGGGAAGGGAACAUUGCAUGGCGUGCUUUACCUUUGUGACCAAGGUCUGCUGGCUCUGUGCGCUGUAGAUUCUUCGAGCUUCUCUGUUGUUUGGAAGACAAAAAUAACUUUUCUAAGCUUAGUUAUCAUGCAUGAAGCAGUCGAGACAGAUAUACAUUUUUAAGUGGUUGCCCUCUUGGGGCAUUUUUGGGAGUUCGAUAUAAUGCUUCUUCAUGGAUGUUGUUUUCUAGUUGGCUUUUUUAUUUAAUUUGGUACUUAUACAAGCGUGGAUGGAUUACUUGCUGCAUAUUUUUAUGCAGCCAGAUCUGGCUUUGCAAAUGAUAAUAAUUGUAUCCAAAAUUCUGUUUCUACAAGAAAAUAUUUGUAUAUUGCUGCUGGCAUUUUCAUUAUAUCAAUGCUUUCUUAUGUGCA